GCUAUGUUUGUGUGCACGUAUCUGCCUUGGCUGCAGUGUGUGUUUGCAUGCGUUUGCUUUGACGUUUCAGCCAGUGCAGAAAACGUUUGUCCGGUUCUGUCUACACUACGCACUCACCUUCGGGCAACGCCUGUCAGAAUUGUACUGGAAUUCAUGGUUUCUUUAUGCAUUAUGAGUUUUUAAACUAGGCUGCUUAAACGUACUACCAUACUGAAAUCAAUGGUGCUUGUAUUGCUUAGUCAGAUGUAAUGACAGCAGCUUUAUAUCAGUAGGAAACGUUCAGCGGCUUCACUUAACGUAGCUUGAAAUUGUCACCCUUUUGCGUAUGUUUCUAGCACAUUUCACAAGACUACGUGCAGUCCGUUCUAGAUACCUGUGACAUCAUUGUAAAUUGAUGAGGCGGAGCGAGGGCGGGAUAGGCACACCUCCGGGAAUCAGCCAAUCAGGACCGAUGCCGGCGUCUUUGGUAACCAGCUGCUCUGAGUAUAUAACUGGUGUUCUGUAGGCUGAUGCAAGAGUGUGCGGAAAUUAGCACGUGUGGUUCCUGGAAUAGGACAUACUGUCAAUUGCAGUAUAUAACGAUCAAGAAAAACGAAUUGAGCCUUUUUAUUUAUACUCACUUCGAUUGAGUCGUUUGGUAACAGAAAUGCCAGUUAUAAGGGCUCUGACAAAAGCUGCCAAGCAGGCACUUCUAACUCCAGGAUGCAGGUGUCGGACCGCAGUUACUGCUGUCCGGACGAUCAGCGUCUCUCCGCGCCAGGUCACCUCGGAUGCCAGUUUCCACUCCGUUUCCUUCUCCGAGACUGAUCAUCCCAAAGUUUUAAUCACAGGUGGUCUCGGACAACUUGGAGUGGGCCUUGCUAAGAUCCUGAGAAAACGUUUUGGCAACAACAACGUAAUUCUGUCAGACAUCAGGAAGCCACCUAGCCAUGUCUUCCACAGCGGACCUUUUAUUUACUCUGACAUCUUGGACUACAAGAACCUGCGUGAGAUUGUGGUGAACAACCGCAUCACCUGGCUUGUUCACUACAGCGCCGUCUUGAGUGCUGUUGGAGAAGCAAAUGUACAGCUGGCCCGGGAAGUCAACAUCACUGGUUUACACAAUAUUCUGGAUAUUGCUGCUGAACACGGACUGCGUCUGUUCGUCCCCAGCACCAUCGGAGCCUUCGGCCCCACCUCCCCACGUGACCCCACUCCUGACCUGUGUGUGCAGCGGCCGCGCACGAUCUACGGUGUCUCCAAGGUGCACGCUGAGCUCAUGGGAGAGUACUACCACCACAGGUAUGGCCUGGAUUUCCGUUGUUUGAGGUACCCUGGCAUCAUCUCUGCUGACUCCCAGCCAGGAGGCGGCACAACUGACUAUGCUGUGGCAAUCUUCCAUGAUGCCAGCAAGAAUGGGAAAUUUGAGUGCAACCUGAAGCCAGGCACACGCCUGCCCAUGAUGUACAUUGACGACUGCCUGCGAGCCACGCUGGAGGUGAUGGAGGCCCCGACGGAGCAUCUCAGCAUGCGCACCUACAACAUCAACGCCAUGAGCUUCUCCCCUGAGGAGCUGGCAGCUGAGGUCAAGAAGCAGAUACCAGAUUUCCAGAUCACCUACAACAUCGACCACAUCAGACAGGCCAUUGCUGACAGCUGGCCGAUGAACUUUGAUGACGGCAAUGCCCGCAACGACUGGGGCUGGAAACACGAUUACGAUCUCCCCGAGCUGGUAACGACAAUGCUCAACUUCAUCGGCUCCGACUCCCGCCUUGCUCACGCCAACUAAACCACCAUAAAGGCCACAAUGGAGGAUAUAGUCCGUGUACAUAGUGUAAAGACUUAUCUUAAAAAUAAAGAAAGAAAAAAUAUAUGGAAGCCUUGAUUUGUAAAUAGUCUUUUCUGCAUUUAGCAAAGGCUUUCAUAGUUUUAGUACUUUUAAGAAUUGUAAAUUUGUAGGAUAGCUGUGCACCAACUAGAACUUGUUUUGUGUCUAUUUAGCUAUUCAUACCUGUAAUGCACUAGUCCAAAGUUAAGUUUGGAUAUCGAAAUCUGUAGCUAUGGGGGUUAUAUUUGCAUUGGGGAUAUGUAUAUGAUCUUUGGGUUAUUUAAUAUCAAUAUGUAUAUUCUGUAAUGUAAAAUGGUAUUUGCCCCCUCUCCCAACUAUUUCUCAAUUAGACCUCAAGGCAGUGGUUUGUUGUUGUUAUUAUUUUUUUUUUUUGUGCAUGUAAUAAGACCUGGCUUCAAGUAUUGGUUUCCAGAAAAUGGUUUGUUUUAUAAUUGAUUUUUGGUACAUCAUCAUUUUAUGUUUCAUAUUAAUUCUGGCUUUGGGCAAACCUAUUCUGAAAGCAGAGAAGGAAAGCUUAUUGGUCUAUUUUUUUAUUAUAUUUCAGAACUGUACACAUUUGCAGUCAAAUGAUUUGUCUGUAUAUUUAUUUAUUUCUUUUUUAGUAUGAACAUGAGAUGGUGUUACUGCUUUUGAUAUUGCUGUAUGCAAUUUUAAGCAAGCCUCAUAAGGAAAUAUAAAGUGUAAACUUGCUUACCAAUAUUAAGUGGAUAUGCCCAGCACAUACACAAUGGUUUAUCAAUACAAUCCUAAGUAUUGCAUCAUGCAAUCACAAAAUAUGUACCAACACACUAUAGUAAAUGCAGGGAACAUUGGAGAGGGACAUAUGCAAUAUCGGUUUCUCGGGGCUUAUCUAGUCUGAUGCCAAAUAUAAUAGUUGCAGAUAAUUGUUUUUUAUGAGUUAACCAUUCUCUCUGAAUGAAAAGUCCAUUUAGCAGGUACUUCCUCAAAUGCCUUUUUGAUCUCCCAGGAAAUUAGAGGAGAGGCAAUAGGUUAACUUCUUAAUCUUGAAUAGACUGGCGUGUGUUGAGGACAUACAGUACAUGAUUGUGUUGCCUUCUGCAUUGGAACCCUGGAGAGACCAGUGCUGGCUCUGACAAAAAUAAACUACAGUAAAGAUCACAAAUUGAUUUCAAUUCUCGGUUUGCAUGUGUGCCAGUGGGUUUCACAUAACCCGUCAGGAAAACUUAAGAUAUUUUUGUAAUGAAUGCUGGAUUUAUAUAUAGGGGUGUGUGUGUAUAUAAUGCAUGCAACAGUUGCAAGGCAGUAAAAUAUUGUUUUUGAAUUCUCUUUUUACUUUUUUUUUGUUUUGCUAUUUGUCUUUGGUUUGUAUGUUGUGUACACUCAUUUAUUUUGCAGGGUGUCUAACAGUGGGUUUACAAUGAUGAUUUGAUUUGAGAAAAUGGGCAUGUUACCCUUUUUCAAAGUAACAAUGCCAGAUGAUUUCACCCUGGCUCAGAUUGAGUUACAAGGUGCCCAUGGUCAAAGUCGUACCUUGCUGUGAUGCUUCAGAAUUAUUAAUGUAAAGAACUUUCCUUGUUUUCUGGCAGAAUAGAAACCUUCAUGAAGGGUUCUCUUUUUAGGGCUUUUUUUUUUGGUCUAUUGGAGAUCUAUGAGAAGUGGCUGCCAGGGUGAUAGUGCAAUCAAUGGAACUGAUCUAUAUUGAUUAACCAGAAAAGCUUACAGUGAAAUAAAUCAGAAUGUGAGGCAGUUAUUAUUUAGAAAAGGCUUAAACUACAGUAGUCCACUAUUACCAUACUAACUGGCUAAAUGAGUUUCAGAUCAAUUAGUAUUCAAGUUGUUGUUCUUUAUGUCAUUGUCCGCUUGUUAAAAAAAUUAAGAAAUGUAAAGUGCACAAGGCAGAUAUUGUAUGUAUUUAAGGUGUUGGAUAAAGAGCUCUGCUAUGUCAAUAAAGUUACAUUUUUUUCAUUCAA